AGCAAUGGCGGCAGGGACUUUAUACACGUAUCCCGAUUAUUUCCGGGCGCAGAAGAUCCAGAUCGCUGCUGCCUACAGUGGUGUCAGUCUCAAAGUUGUAUCUGAACCCCCAGAAUUUAAGUUGGGUGAGACAAAUAAAACAGAUGCCUUUUUGAGCAAGUUUCCCGUUGGAAAGGUUCCUGCAUUUGAAGCUGCGGAUGGAACAUGCAUUUUUGAAAGCAAUGCCAUCGCCUACAGCGUAAGUAAUGAUACACUCCAUGGUUGCAACAGAAACGAUGCUGUACAGGUUCUUCAGUGGAUUGGAUUUGCAGACAAUGAAAUUUUACCUGCUUCAGCAACAUGGGUAUUCCCUACAUUAGGAAUAAUGCAAUACAACAAGCAGAAUACUGAACGUGCAAAGGAGGAGAUCAAGAAAGCUUUAAAUAUACUGAAUAAUCACCUGAAGACGAGGACAUACUUGGUUGGAGAACGCGUCACUCUCGCUGAUAUCAGUGUGGCAUCUACUUUACUGAUGCUGUACAAACAAGUUUUGGAGCCAGCCUUCCGUAAGCCAUACAGUAAUGUCAAUAGGUGGUUUACAACUCUCAUCAAUCAAACAGAAUUUAAAUCUGUUUUAGGUGAUGUCUCACUAUGUGAAAAGAUGGCACAAUUUGACACUAAGAAAUUCCAAGAGUUGCAUGGCGGUGCUGGUAAGAAAGAUAAGAAAAAGGAAGAGAAAAAAAAACCUGAAAAAAAAGCACCAAAGGAAAAGGCACCAAAGGAAGAUGAAGAAGACGAUGUUCCGAAGAAACCCAAGAAAAAAGAUCCCUUCGGUGAUCUCCCAAAAAGUGAUUUCAACUUGGAUGAAUUCAAAAGAACCAUUUCUAACUGUGACACGUAUACUGUUGCUCUUCCGUAUUUUUGGGAACAUUUUGAUAAAGAAGGUUAUUCUAUCUGGUAUAGCGAGUAUCUGUAUCCUGAAGAGUUGUCAAAAAUUUACAUGUCCUGUAAUUUAGUUGGUGGCAUGAUGCAAAGACUUGAAAAACUGAAAAAAAAUUGCUAUGGCUCUGUCUUGAUAUUUGGUGAAGAUGACAAUAGCUCCAUUUCUGGGAUCUGGUUCUGGAGGGGACAAGAACUUGUUUUUCCAUUGUCUGAUGACUGGCAAAUUGACUAUGAAUCCUACAGCUGGAAGAAACUUGACCCAGAUGCAGAAGAAACUAAAACAUUAGUCAAAGAAUAUUUUGCUUGGGAAGGAGACUUUGAAGGCAAGAAAGUCAACCAGGGCAAAGUGUUCAAAUAAAGACGUAUUUCAUCUGUAUUUCAGGCUUAACUACAUCCAUUAUGCAGUCUUUUAUUUUAUUUUACAACUCUUUAACAGACAUUAGAAGCAAAUAUCUAAUAUCUGUGUAAUUAAAUUUAUUGUCAUCCCUCCUUCAAACAAAAUCAAAUAUGUAAUCAAACUGUUCUACAUAAAUCUGGGAUUUGCCUCUCACAGGCUGGAUGAAAAUUCACUUGUGCAUGGUGAACUUCCUACUAGCAGAUAAUUUGCAUGUAGGUGACUGCCGUGAUAGAGAACGUUACACAUGUUUGUUGUUGAUCAAGCCACUGCUUUGUACGUGCAUGGUACAUUGCUAACAAUAAAGGCAAUCUCCCGUGCACCUAACAAAUGA